UUUUUGAAACAAUACGAGUUCUUCGAUGAUACGACGAUAAGUCCAGGAAAGACGCUGUCAGGCAUCUAUUCCUAUAAAAUUUAUAGGUGUAAAUCGAAAGUGCCGUGGAUUUUACAAAAAUUAUUACCUGCUGAAGCGUUCGAAGUACACGAAGAAAGCUGGAAUGCUUAUCCUUACUGCAAAACAGUUUUGACGAAUCCUGGCUACAUGGGAGAGGAUUCCUCGCUAGUGAUAGAAUCGAUUCAUCUACCAGAUAAUGGCUCCUCAGAAAAUCCCCUAAACAUCACUAAGAAAAGAGAUAUCGUCUAUUUGGACAUAUGUGACGACGAGAUCAUUGGAGAGGCGAAUUAUAGACCAGAAUUUGACCCAAAAAUCUUUAAAUCAGAGCGUACGGGGCGAGGACAGCUGAAAGAAGGAUGGAUGGAUAACACAACACCAAUAAUGUGUUGCUACAAGGUAGUAUCGGUGCAGUUCAAAUUGAUGGGUCUAGGCAGCCUUGUGGAGAAGACGAUAUUGAAGCAAUACUUGAAAAUAUUUUCCAACUUCCACAGGCAUGCUUUCUGCUGGAUUGAUUCAUGGUAUGAUCUCACCGAUGAGGAAUUGCAAGAAUAUGAUGAAGAAGUUGCUCGCCAAUUGCGGCAAUUGCUUAACACUGAAAAGAAAAGGGGAGUGACAUUGACAAGCUGA